AUGAGAGGCAAACAAUAUCAUCAACCACUGAAGUUGACAGCGCCUUGGGAGAAGGAUGCUGGCUUUGGGAGGAAGCUUAAAACCUACAGGAAUCAUACCAAGAUAAUAGCACAGCCGGGGAUCGUGAUGAAAGUCCUCCGCAGGAAGAGGAUUGUGUUAUUUAUGGCCUAUUUCUUGCUGCUGGUGCUCACUAUGCUGAACUUAGCUAAUUAUAAAUGGACUAAAGAGCCACAGCAGUGCAAUCACCAGAUGAGGAGCACCACUUAUCAGAGCAGAUCUGACAUUCGCUUCCUCUACAGGCCCUCCCUGGCUAAGAAGAGACAGCUUAUCUAUGUCCUCACCACCUGGAGGUCGGGGUCGUCCUUCUUCGGGGAGCUUUUUAACCAAAAUCCUGAAGUGUUCUUCUUGUACGAGCCGAUGUGGCACAUCUGGCAGAAACUGUACCCUGGUGAUGCGGUGUCUUUACAAGGGGCAGCUAGGGACAUGCUUAGCUCCUUAUACCGCUGUGAUCUGUCUGUUUUCCAACUUUACAACAGCCCUGGGGGCAAGAAUUUCACCUCUUUAGGACUAUUCGGGGCCACCCUCAAUAAAGUGGUGUGCUCCUAUCCCCUGUGCUCUGCCUACAGGAAAGAGGUGGUGGGGAUGGUAGAUGAUAAGGUGUGCAAAAAGUGCCCCCCACAGAGCCUCAGACUGUUGGAGGAGGAGUGCCUCAAAUAUAACACUAUAGUCAUCAAAGGGGUACGCAUUUUGGACGUUAAUGUGUUGGCCCCUCUAAUGGAGGACCCAUCUUUGGAUUUGAAGGUGAUACACCUGGUCAGAGACCCGCGGGCAGUGGCCAACUCUAGGAUCAAAUCCAGACAUGGUUUGAUAAGGGAAAACUUACAGGUGGUCCGGAGUAGGGACCCCAAACUGCGCCGGAUACCUUUCGUAGAUCCAGGUCACAAAGCCAACAAGAAGGACGGCUCAGAUUAUCACUCCAUAGGAGCUAUGGAGGUGAUCUGUGACCGCACCUCCAGGACUUUGAGGACUGCCUUAAACCCACCCGCCUGGCUGAAGGGGAAGUACAUGGCCGUGCGGUACGAGGACCUCGUGGAAAACCCAGUCAAGACCUUGCGGAGCAUCUACCGAUUUGCCAACCUUACCACCAACCAUGACAUUGAGUCGUUUGCGCUUAACAUGACCAGUGGCUCCAGCUCCUCCUCUAAGCCAUUCAUAGUCUCUUCCAGGAAUGCCACACAAGCUGCUAGUGCAUGGAGAACAGUGCUUAGCAUCCAGCAGAUCAAACAAGUGGAGGACUACUGCCACCAUGCCAUGUCUGUUUUAGGGUACGAAAGGGUCAGAACAGCCGGGGAGGCCAAGGACUUGGGCAAAUCACUACUGACACACUCCAAACUGUGA